AGGCCCGAGCGUGCCGCCCAGUUCCUCCCCUCUCGUUGGUAGCGCCUCGCGCGGGAGGCGGUGGUGAGCGGGGCAGCGGGCCCGGGGCGCCGGCCCCUCAGCGCGGGGCCAUGAGGCAGCUGCCGUACUUCUGCCGCGGGGAGGUGGUGAAGGGCUUCGGCAGGGGCUCCAAGGAGCUGGGCAUCCCCACCGCUAACUUUUCUGAGCAAGUAGUUGAAAGCUUUCCAUCUGAUAUCCCUACUGGUAUAUACUAUGGAUGGGCCUGUGUUGGAAAUGGAGAUGUGCAUAAAAUGGUUUUGAGCAUAGGAUGGAAUCCCUUCUAUAAGAAUAUUAAGAAAUCAGUGGAAACACACAUUAUCCACACCUUCAAAGAAGACUUUUAUGGAGAAAUUCUUAGUAUAGUCAUAACUGGAUACAUUCGACCGGAAAAAAACUUUGAUUCCAUAGAUGCACUCAUUUUGGCCAUUCAGGAAGACAUUGAAGAAGCAAAAAGACAGCUAGAUCUACCAGAACAUCUUAAACUCAAAGAAGAUAACUUUUUUCAUCAGCCAGAAGGCAAAAUAGUAAACAGCUGCUGAGAAAACCCAUACAAGCCUUUUUUCUUUUCUUUUCUUUUUUUCUAUAAUUUCUUUUUCUUAUUUUCUCCCCAGUCACUGAGCUUUUGUAUGUGCACUGCUCUCAUAGAACCUCUUGUGUCAUAGGUCUGUUACGUGCCUGAGAUCAGAACCACGAUACAAGAUGAUUCCAAUUUUCUUUGGUUAAGCCAUCAUUAGAUGAGUGUACAAAAGAAUUAGAAGGCUGUACUACAUUGUUAUAGAUAAACUAUGUAUCAUAAAGUUACCAGGCCUUUGGGGAUCUGAGCACAUUGAGAACAUGACCAAAGUUAAUUGUAAUGCAAAGGUCUAGUUAGCUCAUUUAAUGAAGAAUGUCUGUUUUUAACAUAAUGUUUUUAUAGCUUCUUUUAUCAUUUUUUGUGUCGUUCUUAGAUCUGGGUUUUAAUUUAGAAAAUGUUGGUAUUGAUUGACUCAGAAAAUUCCUGUUCUUAGAUAUGAUUAGAUAACAAUAGCAAGAUUAAUUUUCUGUAGUGUUUUGGUUUUAUAUACUACACAGCUGUUGUGGUUGAAGCUGUUAAUUUAAUUGAAAUUAUUUAUUUUAAGUUUAUUUGAAAUGUAAGAAAUCGCUGUUGCUCAUUAUGUUGCUAGAAUCUGAGCUAUACUUUUUCACACUUGAAUGAACAUAUGAUAACACAUGAUUUGUGUAGUCUAAUUCUGAAGAGGUGUUUCACUUAAUUUCAAAAAAUGAACAAAAAUGUGAAAGCUGAUGAACUUUAACGUUCAGGUGCAAAAGAUGCAGAAAACAAGACUUCUACUCCUUGAACCUUAAAGGAAAAUGGGUAGUGAGACACAAAUUUGCAUUUUAUGUGCUGCUGGUGUUUUUCAUUGGAAAGUCUUGAGUUUAUUCACUGUACUGGCAAUAAAAAGUCUGACUUCGAAGUUGGCAUUAUUGUAAGGCAUAGAAAAAUCUCAUCAAUACUCUGCACUAAGUGCAGGUAAGAGCCAAGGUUUUGGCAGACCAAGUAGAUGAAUACACAAAUAAAAGCCUUUGGGGAUUUAUUGCAUAAUAUAUCAACACUAUAAUGAAUAUUGCUUUUUUUUUUACAAGCAGUUGCAGACAGUCCUACUCUGAAAUGUGGGGAUACAUUUGGGGAUACAAGUGAGGGUUGGACAAGAUAAUCUCUGAAGGUCCCUUACAACCCUAACUAUUCUCUGAUAGAUAAGUGGAAGGAGUACUGUGAGAGUUGAUGGUGAUUUGAAAAAUUAUUUACAAAGUAUGUAAUGUGUGAUUCAUUAUCUACUCUUCUUUUUCUCUGAUAUAUUUUUCUAUCCCUUGGUUAAUGGAAGCAGGUUAGCUACAGUGACUGUCACAUUCGUUAUUUUUUGACAUCACCUUGUUUGAUAAAAAAUGUGUCAGCUUUGAGAAUAUGUCUGGGACAUAUUCUGAAAUUCAAAGUACUUCUUUAAAUGUGUCUCAGCUGUGAUUCUCUCUUAACUAUGAUGUUUAAUACGGAACGCACAAUUUCUGUAGUGAAAUUUGAUGAAUUUGCUCCUCGUCCUGUCCUAUUCUAAUCUUACUUUUCACUGUAGAAUUUAAGAGAUUUUUAGCAAGGUAGCGGUUUGGGUCUUUGUGGCAGAUGCUGUCAAGAUGAUAGUUUCACUUCAUAUUGCUUUAAAUUCUACUCAGUAUCGUGGACUAUUAUUAGGGAAGAGGUCUUGAGGAAAUCAACGGCUCAUGUUUUCUCUUUAAGACUUCAGGAGAAAACUUGAUUUUGCUUAAUUAAUUGUUUGCCAGUGCUGUUGAUAGCAGAGGCAGAUACAGGACGUUUGGGAGGGACAUGGGACGAUAUACUUUCUUUUAAAAAAGGUGAAGAGAAAUAAUUUAGUGAGCUUUUCACUAUGUAACUUGUUGGAAACUGCUUCAUUUCAAAUUUCUAAAAAGUUGGCAAAAGAAUUUGCUUUCCAAGAUUGAUGAUUGGGAUUUUAAAAAUGAGAUAUGAAAGGGGAAUUUUUUAUUGCUAAGAGUUUAUGCUUUAAACAUUAAAAUCAUUUAUUUUACUAAUCCUUUUAGAGAAUAAACAGAAGCCACGCUAGCAACAGAGUAUGUUGUCAACAAUAGAUUGUUUGUCUUGGUACUGUAGCUAGACACUCAUAGCUGCCUUUAAAAUUGAUUUUUGCCAGUAAUGUCUUGGGUCUGUUGUGGAAACUAUGGUGCCUUAAGCUGGUUCUGAAUAAUACUUUUCUGUAUCUGCUAAUAAAUGCCACCAUCAAAAAUUCAAUUCACCAUCUGGUUAUAGAACUGCUGUGCUAUGGAUAGAGAACAGUAGCAAAGGGAAAAUUUGAAAGACUUAGUUUGCUCUGAAAUCCAGGCUGAGAUAUGAUAUAUUGAUACACUGAACUAUAAAACUGCUCUUUAUGUGUUUGUCUUCAAAGAGAACAUGUUGGUAUAGCCAUUUGGCUUAGUGUACCUGACCGUAUUAUUUAAGAGAAAAUGUUGUACACCACUCUUUAAGCUUAUUACAUAAAUCCUACCACAGUAUAAACUUUAUGGAGGGUUAUAUUUUUGUAUUAUGCACAAGUAACUGUAUUUUGGUUGAUGCUGUUGCACUGUACCAUUACUAAAGGAACUGUAAUUGACAAAGUUA